CAGAGUUGACAACUGACCCAGGCUCAGGAGGGAGAAGUUAGACCCAAGAUCCCAAAGGGAAUGAGGGGUUGGGCAAUUUCCUGGAACCUAAGCGUGCAAGAGUCUGAACACCAGGUCUGAAGGCGGCGGGUGACUGGAGGCCCGGACUUCUCAUUCUGAGGAGGGGCCUGGGGGCUGGGAGUCCUGGGUCUGGAGAAAUUAUGAUCAGAUCUCUAGAGAGUCAAGUCCAAUUCCUGGGUCUUUGCUUUCUUGAAUGGUAAUGGUCAGGCCGCUCGGGCCAGGCUGGGGGCUGGUGGGGAGAAGCCUCGGUGGAGGGAAACCGCCUCAGGUCUGCAGAAGAGGGAGGCUUUUGCUCCUAGCCGGGUCUGCCUCGGCCUCUGUGGAAGAGAGUUUCUCUUCCACUUCUGCUUUCUCCGUUCCCGUCCUCGGGAGAGGCGGGACGUUCCCUUCUAGAAAGCAGCAGUCAGGUGCCGGACGCUAGGAUUCCCUCAGAAGGAGAGACUGGGAGCCGGGACUCUCGAAUUUGCGGGUGGUUGGGGCGGAGGGGGGAUCGGCGGCCCCCGGUGGGCGCGGGGACACGUUCCCGCCAGAGGCUCUCACGCCGGGACUUAGAGCCGACGGAGGCUUUGCACCCGCCCAUGGAGCAGCCAGGUUAACAGGUUCUGCAUCCGCACGGGAGGGCGGAAGCCGCUGGGCCGUGGCCUGACUCGGCGCAUCUAGGUACACAGGGCGGAUGGCGAACCCAGAAACUGGAGGGGAAGAGGGAGAGGUCGAAGCGCUGGGUCCAGCGUUGCAGCUGGGCGCUGGAUCUCGGUGUCCACGGAAGGAUGGGCUGCUAGGAGGCCAGCCCUCGCAGCCAGUCGGGGGAGGCGGCGUGGAGGGGGUAGGCCUGUCGGCCCUGGGAACCUGGAGUCCAGGGUUCCGGGGGCCGCCGGAUGUGGGCUGCACUUGGGGCCGGAACGUUCCGUUCACGCCAAGCUGACUGUGGAGCUCAGCCAUGUGGGCACCCAGGUUCCGUCACCUCUGUCUGACCUUCCUGCUAGCCUGUGUUUUUGCCUCAAUCGUCUUCCUCCACGUCCACCAAGACCUCUUUCACAAUGGCUUAGGCCUGUCUGCCCUCUGUCCAGACCGUAACCCAGUGAUAUCCCCUGUGGCCAUCAUCUGCCUGUCGGGCACACCCAUAAACCCCAACGCCUCUUUUUCCUGCCCCAAGCAUCCUGCUUCCCUCUCAGGAACCUGGACUAUCUACCCAAAUGGCCGGCUUGGGAACCAGAUGGGGCAGUACGCCACGCUGCUGGCCCUGGCCCAGCUCAACGGCCGCCAGGCCUUCAUCCAGCCUGCCAUGCAUGCCACCCUGGCCCCCAUCUUCCGCAUCACCCUGCCCGUGCUGGCACCUGAGGUGAACAACCAUAUGCCUUGGCGGGAGAUGGAGCUUCAUGACUGGAUGUCGGAGGAGUACGCCCAGCUGAAGGAGCCCUGGCUGAAGCUCAGCGGUUACCCCUCCUCCUGGACUUUCUUCCAUCAUCUCCGGGAACAGAUCCGCAGUGAGUUCACCCUGCACGACCACCUUCGGCGAGAGGCCCAGAGUUUACUGAGUCAGUUCCGGCUCAGCCGCACGGGGGACCGCCCGAGCACCUUUGUGGGUGUCCACGUGCGCCGUGGGGACUACCUGCAGGUGAUGCCCUAUCACUGGAAGGGUGUAGUGGGUGAUCGCGCUUACCUCCAGCAGGCUAUGGACUGGUUUCGGGCCCGGCAUGAAGCCCCGAUCUUUGUGGUCACCAGCAACGGCAUGGAGUGGUGCCAGGAAAACAUCGACACCUCCUGGGGGGAUGUGAUCUUCGCUGGCGAUGGGCAAGAACAUGCUCCCAGCAAGGACUUUGCGCUGCUCACACAGUGCAACCACACCAUCAUGACCAUUGGCACCUUCGGCUUCUGGGCCGCCUACCUGGCUGGUGGAAACACCGUCUACCUGGCCAACUUUACCCUGCCUAACUCCAGCUUCCUGAAUAUCUUUAAACCCCAGGCCGCCUUCCUGCCUGAGUGGGUGGGCAUUAAUGCAGACUUGACUCCGCUCCAGAUGUUGGCUGAGCAUUGAGCAUCAGGGAGACUUUCUGAAAUAGUCUGAUCAACCUAGGGCCAGUGUCAUGUAUCUCUGGAAGCCCAGAAGCUUCUGGAGAAGCUGGUGGUCCUGCAGCUGGUGGACACCCAUUUCUAGAGUGAUUCUAGUUGGUUAGACUUGGAGAAAAAGGGGAGCUGGCUUUCUGCAACUGCCAGAACAUUCUAGAAUCAAUGGAAGAUCUUUUCAUGAUGUCUGGCAAUGUCUGCAGAAGCUCAUGGCAGUUCUAGAAUGCACAGUACCCACCUGUUCUUCCCAGCCCAUAUCCAGAGUACUUCUAGAUCACUGCCCCACCAGGAACAGGGAACUCCCUGUUCCAGCAUUGACCAUCCUGGUCUUUUUGAGAAGAGAUGUUUCUCUUCCCUGGGUCAUCAGGACAGAAGGAACUCAUGGAUGUGCUAUAGCAAGCACUCACCAACUUCCCGUCUGUGUUUCUGGAAUGAUUCCAGAGGAGGGAUUUUUUCCAGAGAGGGUCAGCUCUAAUGCCUGUAAAGAACCCUGUGGGGACCUUCCAGAGGGCUUGGGAUUCUGGAAUUCCAGAUUACCUUGGCAAAGAAGCUAACAAAGGUAAAACCAGCAGCCCAACACCUCACCACUGCUAGAAAGGUUGAUGGACGACAAACUCUGUAGCUGGGGCAGUUUGUGUGACAAGUGGAACUUUAUGCAACAUUUCAGCCCCGGAAAACCACAGAUGUGCUAAAACGUGGGAGGGGUGGGGGAAGGGGUGCUGCUGGAUGCUGCCGCUUAAGGAGCAAGGCUCUGCAGAGAUCUAGGGACACCUUUUUUUUUUUUUAAGCUCGAAACUGCCAAAGGUAGACAUGCACAUCUUGGCUCCAAGUUCAUGUUGCUUUACCCAAUUAAGGAAGUUUCCUCCUCUGCAGCUGGGCUGCUGGAGAGUGAUGGUGUAACAGGGAAGAACAAAAUCUCACUCCAUGUUGGAUCUGUUUCUUUUAUGUUAACUUUUGCUUUCCCUUGCUUUUGUUACUAUAAUCACUAAAAGGAUGCUAUCUAUAGCUAUAAGCAUACAUAAUGGUCUGCAUGGGGAACCCUGCCCCUCUGCCUGAAUGUUAAACCAAAGUGCCUUUGUUCAGCUCACAGGGAAACAUCCUGCCCGCCCACCCAUGAAGGUCUGCAAGAAAGAAGAAAUUAACACCCCCCUUCCCUGAUGCUUGCCAAGCCAGGAGAUGUUUUGCAAGACUUACGGCCUUUUACUUUACUUCCUCACCUCCUCCCCCUCUCUGUUCUAUAAAAGAAACUAGCAUCCAGGCCCCAUAAGAUGGUACUCUAGGACACUAGUCUGCCCUCUUCUCAAACACCCGGCUUUCUGAAUAAAGUCACUGUUCCUUGCCUCAA